GAGUGUCGAAAGUCCCCGGCCCGCUUCCUCCUGUGAAGACGUAGCUGCGGGUGGCUUUGGUGGCGGCGCCUAAGAUGUCGACCAAGAAUUUCCGAGUCAGUGACGGUGACUGGAUUUGCCCUGACAAAAAAUGUGGAAAUGUAAACUUUGCUAGAAGAACCAGCUGUAAUAGAUGUGGCCGGGAGAAAACAACAGAGGCUAAAAUGAUGAAAGCUGGGGGCACUGAAAUAGGAAAGACACUUGCGGAAAAAAGCCGAGGCCUAUUUAGUGCUAAUGACUGGCAGUGCAAAACUUGCAGUAACGUGAAUUGGGCCAGAAGAUCAGAGUGUAACAUGUGUAAUACUCCGAAGUAUGCUAAGUUAGAAGAGAGAACAGGAUAUGGUGGUGGUUUUAAUGAGAGAGAAAAUGUUGAAUAUAUAGAAAGAGAGGAAUCUGAUGGUGAAUAUGAUGAGUUUGGACGUAAAAAGAAAAAAUACAGAGGGAAGGCAGUUGGUCCUGGAUCUAUUUUAAAGGAAGUUGAAGAUAAAGAAUCUGAGGGAGAAGAAGAGGAUGAGGAUGAAGAUCUUUCUAAAUAUAAAUUAGAUGAGGAUGAGGAUGAAGAUGAUGCUGAUCUGUCAAAAUAUAAUCUUGACGCCAGUGAAGAAGAAGAAAGUAAUAAAAAGAAAUCUAAUAGACGAAGUCGCUCAAAGUCUCGGUCUUCACAUUCACGAUCUUCAUCACGCUCAUCCUCCCCCUCAAGUUCAAGGUCUAGGUCCAGGUCCCGUUCAAGAAGUUCUUCCAGUUCGCAGUCAAGAUCUCGUUCGAGUUCCAGAGAACGUUCGAGAUCUCGUGGGUCGAAAUCAAGAUCCAGCUCCAGGUCCCACAGGGGCUCUUCUUCCCCACGAAAAAGAUCUUAUUCAAGUUCAUCAUCAUCUCCUGAGAGAAACAGAAAGAGAAGUCGUUCUAGAUCUUCUUCAUCUGGUGAUCGCAAAAAAAGACGAACAAGAUCACGGUCACCCGAAAGCCAGGUGAUUGGUGAAAACACUAAACAACCCUGAGCCCAGGGCCAACCCCUCGGAACACCACUACUUUACCCAGGCACCACAGGUCAUCUUCUGGAUCAUCCCAUUCUGGUUCCCGUUCAAGUUCAAAAGAGAAAUAAUGUAUUAAAAUUUACAUCUUAAAAAAAAAUCCAGUACAGUGCAUGAAGCAUAUUUUUUAAGAAGUUGGUGUCUUACUUGGUCAGAAGUGCUAAAUCUGCUAGUAGAGGUGCAUGCCUUUCAUUGCUUUUCAGAACAAUACAGCUGUGUUGAUCUGUGAAAUUAAAAGUAAAUAGUAUUUUAAGCCAUACUAUCCAAAAUAGAUGCUGUUUAUCAUUCAUUAUUUACAACUAUUUGCUUCAUUUAAAACCAUCUCAGCUAUGACAUGAAAUGGUGUUUCCUAAUUUGAACUCUUUGUUUUUCUCAUUUCCAAAUAUGAACUGUCUUGUUAAAUUAAAACAGGAUUACUUAGGCUUGCCUGAAUUUUGGGCUUGGAGGCAAGACUGGGAAGUAGUUAGAAACAAACUGUUGAUGUUAACCUGGAAAAGGAGUCAGCCUGUUUAUGUUAAUCUGUAUCAAAGUGAUUAUCAGGAAGAGUUAAACUAGUAAAACAGCCAACUGGAAAUUUAUUUUGAAAUUUUCUGUGCUAAGUAAGGAUGCCUUAAAAUCAUUGUUUCUCUUUUAUCCAGUGUUACCUUUUGCUCCACCACAUUUAAUGCAGAAAAAUCUUAUAAACUGAAGGAGAAAUGUUACUCAUUUCAUCCUUUCAUGACACAUCAUUUUGAGCAAGAGAACAUUGAACAGUUCAUCACCACUGCCAUGGUUGUCUGAUGAGAAAAACAUACCAGAAUGUUUAUCUUAAUAUUUUAAGAAGCUUUGUGUGAUAUCCUUUCAAAAUCCACUUAUCACCUGUGAUAGGGUAGACAAGCUAAGUCAAAAAAACUGAAGAUAGAUUCCAAAGUAUAUUUCGCUUGGGUGAAAGACCAACAGAGAUGUUACAAAUUUAAGUGAACAUUUUGCCUUGAGAUGUUUAAACACAGUGCAUAAAACUUUCUUUUGAGUAACAGAUGAACACUUACUGAGUUCUUGUUUCUGUAUGACGUAAGCAGCAAUAUGUGUUGUUUCUGUUCACUUCAAGUUACUUAUGGCUUAAAAUACUUCUCAGUUCUGUUUUAUUUCUCAAGUUAAAAUCUGGUCACUUGAGCUUCGUUUUGUCUUCUGGUUUAAAAACAAAAGCUUCCCUUAACAGUGUCUUCGGUGACAAUGCAAGGUAAGUAUAUUAAGGGAGAUCAACAAUUGUGCUUGGGGACUUUUUGUUAUGGGGAUCAAUACCCACUUUUUUUUGUUUUGCUUUUUCCUUAACAUUAUUGUCUACUGCAAGUAAAAAAAUGUUGUAAUAUUUAGUAGACAGACCAAACAAAAUUGUAUUUGUUUUUUAUCUUAAAAUGAGUGAUUUUUCUCUUCAGUUGAUACAAAGGUGAAAGCAAAAUAUCUAACGUAGAAAUAUUUUGGUGAUAUUUUUACAGUGAAUUUCCCCUUGUUUUCUUAUGUCUUAAUUUUCUUUGCUACGUUUACUGUAGGUUGCACAAGAACUUUUACUCUCUUAUAAUUGUGCCUCAGACUUCUUGAAAGUCCACCUUCUAAAUUGCCCAGAUGAUCUUCUAGAUUCUACGUGUUACUAUUGGUUAUUCUUGUCGUUUCUGUAUUUAAAACUUUGGCUGUGCUAAGCAAAUGCAAGGAUUAUAAAUUAGCUAAUAGUAGUUUACAGACAAUUAAGAUGAUUAUGAUUUCAUUUGGUUUAAGCUGUACUAGUUCAUUUCAUAAGGAAAUGAUGCUGUAGACAAAUGUAAAUAAAGCCUGUGAGUCAAACAUCAAGUGGUGUUUGUGAAAAAUAAAUCAGAAUUUUUAAGCUCUGA